AUGAGGAAGUUCACACUGCUGCUGCUCCUGCUGCUCGGUCUGGCACACUUUGUUUCUGUCAGCAAGUGUGAGGAAGAUGAUGCGGCAGCGUGGGAAACUGAGGAAGAGGACGAUGAGACUGAAGAUGAUGAAGAGGAUAAUGACAAUGGGGAUGAAGACACCGAGGUGAAAGAGGAGAACGGAGUUAUGGUCCUGGAUGACACCAACUAUGACUUCUUCGUAAAGGAUAAAGAUACAGUGUUGCUGGAGUUUUAUGCCCCAUGGUGUGGCCAUUGUAAGCAGUUUGCCCCUGAGUAUGAGAAAAUUGCACAAACUUUGAAGGAGAAUGAUCCUCCCAUUCCCGUGGCCAAAGUGGAUGCCACGGUGGCCACUGUUUUGGCCGCCAGAUUUGACGUGUCUGGCUAUCCUACCAUCAAGAUCCUGAAGAAGGGAAGCCCUGUUGAGUACGAUGGAGCCCGCACAGAGACUGCCAUUGUUGAGCGUGUCAAAGAGGUCGCACAGCCAGGCUGGACACCUCCACCUGAGGCAACCCUUGUUCUGACCAAAGACAACUUUGACGACACUGUUAAUAAUGCAGACAUCAUCCUUGUGGAGUUUUAUGCCCCGUGGUGCGGACACUGUAAGCGCCUGGCUCCUGAGUAUGAAAAGGCAGCUCAAGAACUGAGCAAACGCACUCCACCCAUACCCCUCGCUAAAGUCGAUGCCACUGUGGAUGGUGAGCUGGCGUCUCGCUUUGGAGUUUCAGGAUAUCCUACACUUAAGAUAUUCAGAAAAGGCAAGGCUUUUGAGUACAACGGACCCAGAGAAAAAUAUGGUAUUGUUGACUACAUGAGUGAGCAGUCAGGGCCUCCGUCCAAGCAGGUGCAGGCUGUGAAACAGGUUCAGGAGCUGAUUAAAGAUGGUGAUGACGCUGUGAUUGUGGGCGUUUUUUCCAGCGAAGAAGACUCUGCAUUUGACGUCUACAAUGAGGCCUGUAAUGCAUUGAGGGAAGACUUCACUUUUAAACACACCUUUAGCUCGGAAGUGGCCAAAAUGCUUAAAGCGUUACCUGGCCAGGUCGUCAUUGUUCACCCUGAGAAAUUUCGCUCAAAAUAUGAACCUGCCCAGCACACUUUAACAAUGCAGGAUUCAACAUCAGUUUCUGAAGUGCAAGACUUCUUCAAGAAACACAUUGUCCCUCUGGUGGGGCAUAGGAAACCCAGCAAUGAUGCGAAGCGUUACACUAAAAGGCCACUGGUCGUUGUUUACUAUGGAGUAGACUUCAGUUUUGACUACAGAAAGGCUACACAGUUCUGGAGGUCUAAAGUGCUGGAGGUGGCCAAGGACUUCCCAGAGUACACAUUUGCAAUUGCUGAUGAGGAAGACUAUGCUGAUGAGCUGAAGAGUCUGGGUCUGAGUGAUAGUGGAGAGGAGGUUAAUGCUGCUAUUUUGGGCGAUGGAGGAAAGAAGUAUUCAAUGGAGCCAGAGGAGAUGGACUCUGAUGUGCUGAGUGACUUUGUCAUGGCUUUCAAGAAGGGAAAGCUGAAGCCCAUUGUGAAAUCACAGCCAGUGCCAAAGAACAACAAAGGACCAGUGACAGUUGUGGUGGGGAAGACAUUUGAAGAGAUUGUUAUGGACCCAAAGAAGGAUGUCCUAAUUGAAUUUUAUGCUCCGUGGUGUGGCCACUGCAAGAAGCUUGAGCCAGACUACCUGGCCCUGGGGAAGAAGUACAAAGGGGAAAAGAACCUGGUUAUUGCCAAGAUGGACAGCACAGCUAAUGAUGUGCCAAAUGAAAACUACAAAGUCGAGGGUUUCCCGACGAUAUACUUUGCUCCGAGUAACAACAAGCAGAGUCCUGUGAAACUAGAAGGUGGAGACAGGACUGUGGAUGGACUCAGCAAGUUCAUAGAACAGCACAGCACUAAGUUGUUGAAAGAUGAACUUUAA